AUGGAAUCUAAGUUAGUAUUUCACGAUGGCGAUUGCCACUGUAAGAAAGUAAGAUGGAAAGUCCAAGCACCUACUAGUGUUAUUGCUAAGAAAUUCAACUGUUUUGACUAUUCUAUGAGAGGGAACACUCAUUUCAUUGUGUCGCGUCAAUGGUUCGAGCUUUUGGGUGAUUCAGACCAAUUCACUAUUACAUACACUUUCGGAACUCAUACCGCAAAACAUACAUUCUGUAAGUUUUGUGGAAUAACUUCAUUCUAUACGCCAUGGUCGAACCUCGAUGGGAUUGCGGUGACACUCAUAUGUUUAGACAUUGGAACGUUUUCGCAUGUUGAGAUUCAAAAUUUCGAUGGCAAGAAUUGGGAAAACUUCUAUAAUCAGAAUGGCAUUGCUUUACAAUCCAAAAUACAUUCCACCAAGUAG